CAACCAUUGCUUCGACACAGGGAUCAUUAUUGCCGCAUCAGCCGCCGUCAUCAUCGGCAUCCAUUUCAUCGGCGGCUGAUUGGCCAUCAUCGUCACCAAACACCGUUGCACCUUCUCAAUUACAAUCUUCAUUAUUAUCAUCAUCUCCAUCAUUAGGGCCAAAUUCCUCUACACCAUCUGCACAGCAGCAACAUCAUUCACUAUCUUCUCAUCUUGCAUAUCAAUCUCCGCAUCAUUACUCGCAACAGCAUCAACAUCUGCCCCAUCUGAAUGGAGGUGGUCAAUCAGUGGUUUCUGCAAGCAACAUCAAUCACCAUCCACAUCAUCACCCACAACAAUCAUCUCAAGCUAGUCCUCUUGGUUCACAACAGCAAAUGAUGUGUGGCAGCGGAAAUGGAUCCACUACACCAAACGGUCAUCAGAUGUAUCAUCAGCCGCAACCAUCGUCAACAUCAUCAUCACCGGCAAUGAUGAUGACGACAUCAUCCCCACGUGCAGCUGGUGGUGCGGCAUCUGCAUCCAGUUCGCCUGGGUACAGUAGCCAUAUGCAACAACAACAGCCAUUCCAUCAACAACAAAACCAUCCAUUGACUCCAACACAGAAUCAUGCCUCGACACCAUCACCUCAACAUGGUCAAUUUCAGCCAAGUCGGACGCCUCCGAUGGCCACAUCUUAUGGCCAAUCUCCGUUAAAUCAUAUUGAACAUAAUUCAGGAGCUGUUCCAAUACAAGGAAAUGGAGGAGCCUGUUACGAUGUUGUCAACAGGUUGAAAAAUCGUUUGGAUGGCUAUCGUUCGCAUCAUGACCAAUCAAUGGCCAAAGAACAACCAUUCCUCGAACAAUAUAAUCAAAAAAUAAAGCUAGAAACCUCGCGGCUAGUCAAAAAACAACAAGCCGCUAAUGAAGUUGCCGCACAAGCUACAGGAAGAAAGAAGCAGACAAGCGGAGCGAAUUCUGCUUCUGGAGGUGGUCGAUCGCGUGGCGGAAACGCGGGUGGAAAUAAACGAUCAGCCAAUUGUUUAAUGCUCGAUUCAUCGAAUAGUCCAUUGAACACGAUGACACCACCGAUGACAGUAGGAUCCUCAUCACCAACGCCUGGAGCUACGGGUGCAGCAACAACUGGUCCAACCAAAGCCAAAAUGCCCAGAAUGACUGCCAAGCAGCGAAAACAAUUGAAACAACAACAACAACAACAAUUGGAACAGCAGCAACAACAACAACAACAAAUGAUGAGUGGUGGUAUUACUAAUUCUCAAUUAAUGAUGUCAAUGAGUGGUGGUCAUAACCAACAACAACAACAAGCUACCUCACAACAACAAUCCAAUAAUGAUAUGCUAAUGAAUGGAUCAUCAUCGCCUUCUGUCUAUAAAUUUGAUCCAAACCAUCAUUCGCCUCAUACGAAUGAUAUCAAACCACCUCCUAUGAACUUUUUAAGUCAAAGUUCUGGCUUGUCGUCGUCAUAUCACCACCAACAUCAAAAUGUUUCGAUCAAACAAGAAGAUUUUAGUGGCGCCAAUAGCGGAUGUUCUAAUCCAUUUAACCAACUUGAUGCUACAUCGCUUCAGGAUCUACUUAUGGACAAUGGGUCUACAACGAUGAACAAUCAUCAACAUCUUCACCAUCAGCAGCAACAGCCGCAGCUACAAAAUCAGUAUCAUCAAUCCAAUACGGAUGAUGAUUCCAAAGAUCUGAUUAAUCAAAUUUUGGAAAUGGAUCCAGAUGGAACUGGUCACACAUCGAACGGUAUUGCUUCCAAUGGUCCUUCAAAUGGACAAUUCUCGGUUUUCUCUAAUCCAACAGAUAAUUCAUCUAUAUUCGGUUCUUCGGCCGAUGAUUCUAUUCUAUCGAAUCGUUUCGGUGAUGAAGAUUUUAUUACGAAAGUGUUAGAAGAUUUAAACAAAGGAUUUCAAAAUGACCCGGUUCCCACACCAACGAAUAAUCAACAAUCAUACCAGCAACACAAUUCGAACCAUCAACAGCACAACAUUGAAAGUGGUGGCUACAAUCCUCAUUACAGCAGCAAUUCUGGCGAAUCAGUCCAUUCACCUAUGAUGAAUGGUCACAUUCAUUCAAUCAAUUCUAUAAGUUCUCAUCAUUCCCAGCAAACAAUGGAUCCUGCAAGCAAUUCUUUUCAUUCAUUCUCAAAUCCAUCUACACCUGGUUCAACGAUAAAUUCAAUGAACAUGAAUCCAGGUUCAGCUGCUUCUUGUGGAUCAGGUGCUUCGUCCCCAAUGAAUUCUCAUCAUUUUCAUCAACAACAAACAAAUGGUCCUCAUCAGCAACUGCCUAAUUUCCAUCAAUUACGACAACAAACACCAGCUGGUCAACCUAAUAGCACGCUUCCCUCAUUUCAUACCAUCGGACCGAUGAAACAACAACAGCAAACAAAUCUAAUGGUACCGAAUAAUGCUAGUAAUGGUAACGUCGGCGGCCAUCAAUCACCUCGAAUGAAUCCCCAACAAGUGCCUCAACAACAACCAAACGGUAGCAAUAAUUUCGCUCAAUCACAACAAAUGAUCACUAACAAUCUACAGACGUCAUCGAUGACGCCUACGCCACCACUUGGAUCACAAUCACCUCUAAAUAGUCAUGUGAUGAUCAAAUCUCCUUACGGUGGUUCAGCAGGAGGUCGUCCAAACUCAACCGGACCACCAACUGCAACAGGACCAAAUAGUGGAGCUCAAGCUUCAAAUCUUUUAUUACAACCAGUUGUUCCAAAUCCAGAUUCUGCGGUAGCCAACAACAAAAUGAUUGUAUCAUCUCCUAGAUCAGCCAUGUGUCAACGUGCGACACCAUCACCCGGCGUUACAAUUUCAUCACCACUUCACCAUCCUCAUGGUGCAACAACAUCUACAACCAUGUCAAUGCCGUGUCCAUCUUCAACUCCGCCAACACCGAAUAACAAUGGUACGGGGCCGAAUGCUUCGGUCGCAUUGAAACAAAUGGCACAGGCUCAGCAAAAUAAAUCACUGUGGAAUCAAAUUCAACAGGCCCCUUCACAAACCAAUGAAUUUUAUCAUAAUUCUGCACAGCAACCACCUCAACAACAACAACAACAACAAGUAACGCAAGGGCAGCAACAACAAAUGAUAAGACAUCCGAACAUGAUCGGAUCUCAACGUAUGAUGAACACUAUGCCAUCACAGGCUAAUUAUUCACCGCAACAGCAAAUAUUGUCUGCUCAGCUUCAACAGAAUAUAAACAAUAGCCAACAACAGCAAUACGCGACGAGGCCUCGAGGUUCAAUGAUGAAUCAGCUAAACAAUAGCCAACAACAGCCUUCUUCGACGACGUCCUAUCAACAGCAAGCGCCUACAAAUCAAGUAAGAGCACCGAAUUAUUAUCAACAACUUGGCCCAUCGCCAAAUGCUACGGCACAGGGUAAUCAACCUCGACUGAUUCGCAAUCAAAACAUACGAGCCCAACGAAUGAUGCAACAACAACAACGAAUGCAACAGCAGCAACGAUUUCAAACAGGGCCAAUGAGACCGACGACUGGAUAUAAUCCUCAACAGUCGCAAAUGACGCCUUAUAAUAAUAACAAUAAUUCCAUGGGUACUGUUGGUGCUGCUACACCGUCAAUGAUGUCCAUGCCACAGCAACAGCAAAGAUUUAUGUCUAAUCAGAAUGGAUCAACAUCAAAUAUGGAACAACAACAAUAUAACAGCGGCGGUGGUAGUUGGCCACAACAACAACAACAAUCUCAGUCAAUGAUGGCGCCUAGUCAACAACAACAACAAUCACAGCAAUAUUCAUCGAUGCUACAGCAGCAGACAAAUUAUGGUCGUAAUAAUAAUCCUGGUCCAGGUCCUGGUGGAGGUUAUUUUUGAUUCAAUUAGUCAAAAUCUAUUGUCAGCCAUACUGCCUUGUAAUUUUUUCGAAUUUGUAUUUUGUGUUGGUUGCUCAUUUAAAAAUUCCAACCUGAAUUGCCAUAGCCCAACCACAUGGUUACAAAUCUCAUACAGAAU